AUGCAGUUGUUAAAGUGGUUGGCAGUUUUGCCGCUUAGUGCGGCCGCAGUUAUUGAGGCCACCGACGUGGAUCUCGACAAAUUAAUGUCCAAUGGUGUCCCUACCAUUCUGGACAUCUACGCUUCGUGGUGCGGCCACUGCAAGACCUUCUCCCCAGUUUUCGAUGAGGUGGCAGCUCUGUACGAGCACGCCAAGGACAAGAUCCAAUUCGUUAAAAUCGACGGCGACAUCCACCGCAAGGCGGCCAAGAAGCACGACGUCAAGUUCUUCCCUACGAUCAAGUUUGUGGACGGUGACAAGCAGGAGGACAUCAAUUCGCGGGACGCCAAGUCGCUGCACAAGCUGAUCAAGUCCAAGACGGGCGCUGAGCCGCAAAAGGCCGAACCGAAGCAGGCCAAGGAAGAAAAGAAGGAAAAGAAGGUCAGAACACCCAAGUCCAAGAUUGUUUCUUUGACUGACGACACGUUUGAGGACGCCGUCGACGACAAGGACGCCCUGGUUGCAUUCACCACUACCUGGUGCGGCUACUGCAAGCGGCUGAAGCCCGUGUGGGACGAGCUGGCUGCUCUUUACGAGCAGGAUGAUGAAAUUGUCGUUGCAGAGGUCGACUGCACCGACUCCGAGCCGGUGGCCAACCUCAUGGAGACCUUCCAUGUCGAGGGCUACCCCACCAUUGUGUACUUCCCCAAGGACGGAUCCACCCCCCGUCCCUACACUUCGGGCCGCGAUAUCAAGGCUCUCGUCAAGUUCAUGAAGGACGAGGGUAUUUCUUUCCGCAACGCUGACGGCCAGCUUGACGACCACGCCGGCGUCGUGGAUGCUUUGACUGAGCAGGCCCAGAGCCUGAUUGGCGCUUCCCAGGAGGCCUACGACGGCUUCAUUAUGGCCAUUGAGACCAGCGGCACUCCCUUUGCCGACGUUUACACCCGCGUCGCCAAGAAGGUCUUUGAAAAGGGCGCCAGCUACGUCUCCGAGGAGUCGGCCCGCAUCGAGAAGCUGCUGGCCACUAAGCUCGCUCCCAAAAAGGCAGACAAGCUCCGGGUCAAGCUCAACGUCCUUCGCACUUUUGUCGCAAAGGACACCGGCAAGGACGAGCUCUAA